CUCUGUCGCGGUGAAUGACGUAUUACGGCGGGCUCCGACGCGUUUCGUGUUCGACCGAUUCGUUUGUCUGAAAUCAAAUUAAUAAUAAUAACCCUACACUAUGAUAACCGCAGUGGUUUCUCCGAAGCGUGAAAGAGAAGAUGAUGUGGACGACCAAGACGACGAAGACGUAGUGCCAGUCAAAAAAGGACGAGGUCGUGUUGUGGAGGACCGAAGAAGCCGCCACUGUCCGUAUCUUGACACCAUAAACAGGAGUGUGCUGGAUUUUGACUUUGAGAAGCUCUGCUCCAUCUCUCUCUCACACAUCAACGUUUAUGCCUGCCUCAUAUGUGGGAAGUAUUUUCAAGGUCGAGGUCUGAAAUCUCACGCGUACACCCACAGUGUCCAAUUUACUCACCAUGUGUUCCUCAACCUGCACACGCUCAAGUUUUAUUGUCUGCCUGACAACUACGAGAUCAUUGACUCUUCACUAGAAGACAUUACGUACGUGCUUAAGCCGACAUUCACCAAGCAGCACAUUUCGGGUUUGGACAAGCAGGGCAAACUUUACCGAGCCUACGAUGGCACGACUUAUUUGCCAGGCAUUGUUGGCCUCAACAACAUCAAAGCCAAUGACUAUGCCAAUGUGGUUUUACAGGCCUUUUCCAACGUCCCGCCACUGCGGAAUUACUUUUUGGAGGAGGAAAACUAUCGAGGCAUCCGAAGACCACCGGGGGACAUCAUGUUCCUCCUGGUGCAGCGCUUUGGUGAGCUGAUGCGCAAACUUUGGAAUCCCCGAAACUUCAAGGCCCAUGUCUCUCCUCAUGAGAUGCUCCAGGCCGUGGUGCUUUGCAGCAAGAAGAACUUCCAAAUCACCAAGCAAGGUGACGCUGUGGACUUCAUGACGUGGUUUUUAAAUGCAAUGCAUAGUGCUCUCGGAGGCACAAAGAAAAAGCCAACAAUCCUAACAAAAGCGUUCCAAGGGUCCAUGCGGAUCUUCUCAAAGAAGCUACCACACCCAGAUUUGACGCCAGAGGAGAAGGAGGCGCUCCUCCUGACCAGCGAGUACCAGGAGCAGAUGUCCGAGUCCACCUUUUUUUUCUUGACCCUCGACCUCCCAACGGCCCCCUUGUACAAGGACGAGAAGGAGCAGCUCAUCAUCCCACAAGUUCCUCUCUUCAACAUCCUUGGCAAGUUCAAUGGCAGCACAGAGAAGGAGUACAAAACCUACAAAGAGAACUUCCUGAAAAGAUUCCAGUUGACCAAGCUUCCGCCCUACCUCAUCUUUUGCAUCAAAAGGUUCACAAAGAACAACUUCUUUGUCGAAAAGAACCCCACCAUUGUCAACUUCCCCAUCACCAAUGUAGAUCUCCGUGAGUACUUGACCGAAGAAGCGCAAGUCACGGAGAAGAACACGACGUACGACCUUGUCGCCAAUGUGGUGCACGACGGGAAACCAACUGAAGGCGCUUACCGGAUCCAUGUCCUGCAUCAUGGAACUGGAAAGUGGUACGAGAUGCAGGACCUGCAGGUGAUCGACAUCCUCCCUCAGAUGAUCACAUUGUCGGAGGCCUACAUCCAGAUUUGGAAGAGACAGGAGAGUGCUAAGGAUGUAAACAACCACACUGGUGCGUAGUGGUAAAAAGGAGCGUCACAAGACAGUCAUUUUUGUAGUCACGAGCCCCCGAAAAAUCUAUGUAUGUAUUCUUUUCCACUUUUUCUGUUUUUAUGUUUCUAAAUAAACAUUCUGUUGCCUCUGUUUAACAUCAGAGCAAAAAAGA